UUAUUGACAAAAGUGUACCAUUGGUGGCCAUUACAAAACCUAAACUUUUUAUUCAGUUGAAAUGUCCAUUUGAUGUUUCGGCGACGUUGUUAAUUUAAUCAAGAAUUACAUAAAAUUGUGGGAGCUACGCUUAACGUUUACUCAGUGAAGUGUCGUGUGGAUUACAAAAUUAUUUCUUUAAUUUUUAGCAAAGGUUUGUGCCGACAGACAGAUUUGCGUUGACUUCCCACUUUGCCCGAGCUGUCAUUUGUUGGAUUUUCAAGUCCUCCCUAACAUUUUGCUAACAACCAAAUUAAAUAAAGUAUCUGUUAUCUUGCUCAAUAAAUUAGUCAUCAACUCAUCACAUAUCGUUAAGCAUCCCCAAAGUAGUUUUCGUUAUUUUUCAUUAUCUUUAUUGUGAAAAACAUCGGUGCAGCAACGACAAAAAUUGGUUUUCGUGGCUCCAACUAAUAUAUCGGAUUAUUUAUCAGAUUACAUUCACCAGUCGGUAAAGAGGAGUGAUCGUUUGAAAAGGAUCAAAAGAAGUCGCGUAUUCGUCGCAUGUCGCCGAAACAUGUCGUGUGUGGGUGCAGUGUUUGAAACGUCGAGAUAAAAUUGUAAACAGUGGUUUCGGUAAAGAGCGUGCAGAACUAAUAGUGUGGUGUGUUGAUGGUGUGUGUAGUGCUAUGGCGAGGUCGCAGUGCAGUGGUCGCGAGCUGUGGUGACAUGGACUGCAGUACGGUGACGCCCCGAGCAGCUGCGGGCCCUCACAGUAGACUGGCGUGGCGGGCCGAGUGCCUCCAUACAAACUAGUAUUAUGAAUAAGCGAGACAGCAAGGACAAGGAGCGCCAGAACGAGGACAAGAGGACAUCCACCGCAACAGGUGGUGCGGGGCGCGGCGUGGGCGGCAGCGCGAUGCACACCUCGCGCCACUCGGUCAACUCCAGCUCCGGCGUGCUCAUGGUCGGGCCCAACUUCCGCGUCGGCAAGAAGAUCGGCUGCGGCAACUUUGGGGAGUUGAGGCUCGGCAAAAACCUUUACAACAAUGAGCACGUCGCGAUCAAAAUGGAGCCAAUGAAAUCAAAGGCUCCACAGUUACAUCUAGAGUACCGAUUUUACAAGCUACUUGGAACGCACGCCCCCUCGACAGCGGAAGGUAUACCCGAGGUAUACUACUUCGGCCCCUGCGGUAAAUACAAUGCAUUGGUUAUGGAGCUCCUUGGGCCGUCGCUCGAGGACUUGUUCGACCUGUGCGGCAGGCGCUUCUCCCUAAAGACUGUUCUGAUGAUCGCAAUGCAAUUGUUACAUCGUAUCGAGUACGUGCAUACGCGACAUCUCAUAUACCGCGACGUAAAGCCAGAGAAUUUUUUAAUAGGUAGAACAGCAACUAAAAGGGAAAAAAUCAUACACAUCAUUGAUUUCGGUUUGGCCAAAGAAUAUAUAGACUUAGAGACAAACAAACAUAUCCCAUAUCGGGAGCACAAGUCGCUCACCGGGACUGCAAGAUAUAUGUCAAUAAAUACACAUUUAGGAAAAGAACAAUCUAGACGAGACGACUUAGAAGCGCUGGGGCACAUGUUCAUGUAUUUUUUACGCGGUUCCUUGCCCUGGCAGGGUCUGAAAGCUGAUACUCUCAAAGAAAGAUACCAAAAAAUCGGCGAUACCAAACGAGCUACACCGAUUGAGGCGCUAUGCGAGGGCCACCCGGAGGAGCUGGCGACGUACCUGCGCUAUGUCCGCCGGCUCGACUUCUUCGAGACGCCCGACUACGACCAGUUGCGCCGCAUGUUCCGCGACCUGUUCGACCGCCGCGGCUACGUCGACGACGGCGAGUUCGACUGGAGCGGCAAGACCAUGCCCGCCAAUAUGCACGUGAUGAGAGUCUUACGCAACGCGCCCCCCUCCAAUAUCGUUAAAAAUAAAUCCGAUAAGUCUACACCGGUCGGCUCUAUUCAGACUGGCCAUGAGGUCAUCGUUUCGCCCAAUAGAGAUAGACACCAGCCCUUCCACAAGGAUGAUUUGUGUGAUUUAAUGAGUGGUUUGGGUGAGGACGAUGAGGAAGCGCUCAUACUGUACCGAGAGGGCGCGGUAAAGGAUAGUGGCACGGGCGGGACCACCAACACGGGCGGCAACUGGCCCCACAGCGGCAAGGCCACGCCCCUCACCGCCGGACAUCUCACGCCCGCUGACAGACAUGGCUCCGUGCAGCUGUUGAAGAAUAAACAUUUUCGGUAUGUGAAAUUCCCCGGCUCGGUGUCGACGGUGGUAAGCUCGACGAACGGCGAGCUGGGCGCCGACGACCCCACCGCCGGCCACAGCAACACCCCCAUCACGCAGCCCCACCACGAGGUCGACGUGGUGGACGACACCAAGUCAGUGUUCCAACUGCAAUCCGUCUAUUCCAGAUGCUGCUGCUUCUUCAAACGUAAAAAGAAGAAGUGCGCGACUCGCGCGUACAAGUGACGCGUGUGCCCCACGUGACCGCCCCGCACUCGCCCCGCCCGCUCCUCCCACACCCGCGAGUCUCCCAGAGUGUGCAUGCGUGCGUCGCGUACGCAGAACUUGCGUGUAUGCGUGCAUCACUUAUGCAAAACUUGCGCGCAAAAGUGCAUGCAUAAGUGCGUCGCGUACGAAAAACAUACACGCAUACAUACGCAACACGUACGCAAAACUUGCGUGCACAACCGCGUGCAAAAAUGCGUGCGAGAUCCGUGCUUGCGUCAAGCGUACGUGCACUCUUGCGUGCGUGCCGCCACGCUGUGACGUCACCUGCGCGCUCCGCUCGUCGCACCAAGUAAUACGUUCCUUUACAAACAUAUUACACUCCGAACUCAUCACACGCACGAGUCAUGCGUCACUAUUACAAGUGUUCUUCAGAAUCUGCGAAAGCGAAUAGGAUUUAUUUGGAAUACGGCGCGUAAACACUCACAGAAAUCGUCGUUCCAAUUACAUCGGCUUAAAGGGACGCCUUGUAAUAACGUACGUAACGUGACUCAAUGCAGAUAUAUUUAGCAAGCGGUUUCAAUAAAUCUUUAUUUUUGUUAAUUUUUCAUCAAAAAGAGUUAAGAUAUAUAAUGUAAUAGAUUAUGCGAAAUAAAUCAACAAAUAUAUUGUAAUUUUUUUUUUAUCAAACUAGUGAAAUUGUGAUUAGCGCUAUGUGUAUGUAGUUAUUAUAAUUUAAUUUUUAUAAAUUAGUCACUAUUACUUAAUAAUAUAAUAUUGUUUCACCAGUGGGUUCCAGCUCGCUAGUAAUGUACGAUUAACGUAAUUAUAUGUACUACGAAAAGACUUAGUUGUAUGCAUACGGACGCAGGGGAUGUAGAUUUAAGUUGUAACGCGCUCUAUGCCAAAAAGUGCUUUUUUUAAUCUGCACGCAUAAUAAAAAUGUAAAAAAAAUA